CAGCGAGCCAGUCACCUUGGCAACCGGACGUGACGAUCCCGGAAGCGGCUGACUGAGCUUUGCCCGGCUGGCGGCUUCGGUGGGCGGGGUCGGCCGAGCCCUUCUGGCACCGUCUUCUCCACGGACCCGGCACUGCUAGGGGCGGUGCCAGUAAGGCCACGCCUUCCGUGUUGACUCCGGAUGGCUCUGGAGCGAUGUCGUAGGCCCGCGGGGGCGGAGACUCGGGCCGCUCCUCUCUGAGGCUAGGGCCGGAGCGGCGUCGUUAGGCGCUUUGAUUCUUCCGGUUUCUGGUGGCUGCGUCGCCUCUUUCCAAAGGCUGGGGAUACGCCCUCUCUAGACCCUGCUGUCGCCCUCCUUUCAGCAUCGAACCUGAGUUGCUCCGGGACACCUCCAGCCCAACAUUCUCUCGCUCAGGUUCUCGCCCUUUGGAGGACCUCGGCCCCCCAUUGCCCACUUUCCUGGAUGUGCUGGCCCCUCCCACCCCUCUAAAAUGUCCAAUAAUCUACAGAGGGUCUUCCUGAAACCCGCAGAGGAAAAGUCAGGCAACGCCUCGCAGUGUGUUUCAGGCUGCAUGUACCAAGUAGUUCAGACGAUUGGCUCGGAUGGAAAAAAUCUUCUGCAAUUACUUCCAAUUCCUAAUUCUUCUGGAAAUCUUAUACCGCUAGUUCAAUCUUCAGUCAUGUCUGAUGCUUUGAAAGGGAAUACAGGAAGCCCAGUUCAAGUUACUUUUCAGACUCAGAUUUCCAGCUCUUCCACAAGUGCAUCAGUUCAAUUGCCCAUUUUUCAGCCAGCCAGUUCUUCAAACUAUUUUCUUACAAGAACAGUAGAUACAGCAGAAAAAGUUAGAGUUACUUCUGUGGGAACUGAACAUUUUACCUCAUCAGUUUCUAAAGUUCAGAGUCAUGGUGUGAAAAUUGAUGGACUCACCAUGCAAACAUUUGCUGUUUCUCCCUCCUCAACACAAAAUGAUUCACCUUAUAUUUUAGUAAAUACUCAGAGUCUUCCAAUGACUGUGAAGUCUCCAGUUUUGCCUUCUGGGCAUCAUUUACAGAUUCCUGCCCAUGCUGAAGUGAAAUCUGUACCAGCGUCUUCAUUGCCUCCUUCAGUUCAGCAAAAGAUACUUGCAACUGCAACCACAAGUACCUCAGGAACAGUUGAGGCCUCCCAAAUACCAACCGUUAUUUACGUAUCUCCUGUAAAUACAGUGAAAAAUGUAGUUACCAAGAACUUUCAAAACAUUUACCCAAAACCUGUUACAGAAAUAGCAAAGCCAGUGAUACUAAAUACCACACAAAUUCCAAUGAAUGUUGCUAAAGAGACACAAUUAAAAGGUGGUCAGCAUUCUCAAGCUGCUCCUGUGAAAUGGAUUUUUCAAGAAAAUCUACAGCCUUGCACUCCAUCUCUUGUUCCUGUUAAGUCUUCAAAUAAUGUGGCUUCAAAGAUUUUAAAAACUUUUGUAGAUAGGAAAAGUUUGGGAGAUAAUACUAUAAAUAUGCCAUCAUUGAGUACUGUCAGUCCUAGUGGGACACAAUCCAAAAGUAUGCCUAUUAAAGAUAAUGCCUUGGUUAUGUUUAAUGGGAAAGUCUAUCUAUUGGCUAAAAAGGGGACAGAUGUUUUGCCAUCACAAAUUGACCAACAGAAUUCUGUUUCUCCUGAUAUUCCACCAAGAAAAGAUACAUCACAAAUAGUGAGUUCAAGUCCAGUCACAGAAAUAUCCAGAGAGGUUGUAAAUAUUGUUUUGGCUAAAAGUAAAUCUUACCAGAUGGAGACAAAAUCACUUUCAAAUACUCAGCCUGCUUCUAUGAUCAAUCUAAGGGCAGAGAAGAAUAAAAAAGUGGAGAAACCAUCUCUUUCUACCCCAAACCCACAUAAUAUGAAUCAAUCCAUUAACUACUUAAAACAGAGUAAGACUUUAUUCACAAAGCCAGACUUUCCAGAUGGAUUUAGUGCAGUACAAAAUGCCCCCAGAAAAGGAAAUAUCAUCCAGAGCAUAGAGAAAAUAAGUUCCUCUGUUGAUGCAACAACUUUUACUUCACAACAGUGUGUUUUCAGAGACCAAGAACCAAAGAUCCAGAAUGAGAUGGCAUCAACAUUAGAAAAAGUUACUCAAGAAAGAAAUGACAAGAACCAUUCCCAAGGAGGAAGCAAUAAGGCAUCAUAUCUGAAGAAUGAUGCAGAAUUUAAAAAGAUAUUUGGUCUCACUAAAGAUUUGAGAGUGUGCCUUACUCGGAUUCCUGAUCAUUUGGGCUCUGGAGAAGGUUUUGAUUCCUUUAGCAGUUUGGUGAAGAGUGAUACUUACAAAGAGACUGAGUUGAUAGUGAAGGAAGAAAAGAAAAAACAGGGUUUUGAUAAGAAAAGAAAAGCAAAAACCGUUAAGAAGAUGGAUCACACAAAGAAGAGAAAAACUGAGAGUGUUUAUAACACAGCUAUAAAUGGAGGAACUAAUGUCAACAAUUCCCAACUCGUCAACAGUAUUUUACCAACUUCGGAUGUAUCACGCCAUAACAUUCUCACAAGCCGCAACAAAACCAGAGAAGAAAAGAGAACUGAGGUUGAACGCUAUACCCCUGAGAACCAGGAAAAAGGCACAUUGAGUUCAAAUGCAGCUUUUGAACAAAGUCAUUCUUUUAAUAAAAAUUAUACUGAAGAUAUUUUCCCCAUGACACCACCAGAGUUAGAAGAAACCAUUCGAGAUGAAAAAAUAAGAAGACUUAAGCAGGUGCUGAGAGAGAAAGAAGCAGCUCUUGAAGAAAUGCGUAAGAAGAUGCACCAAAAAUAAUAAAAUGUUGCUAUACUUAAAGACUGCA